AUCAAUAUAAAUCGUAUAUAUUACUCUAUUAAUCAUAAUGUAUUUAGGUCCAUCAUAUCGUUGUGUACGAAUUGUAAAACCUAAUACCCUACGUCUAACUUUAAGAUUGCUCACACGCUGGUUCUAACAUACACGAGCAAUGGUUUGAAACUAUUAUCAAAUACUAGUAAUCUACGACUAUCUAUCUUUGAAUUCCUCGUUUCACAGUCAUAAAAUAGAUUAAAACGAACUGCUGCUCAGCUUGUCUUUUGAUUGAUAGACGGACAUUUCGUCUGCAGAGCAAUGGUUAAUUGUAGCAAUUAGGUGUGCUCACGCUCUUUUGGACAUCCGAUAUUUGUGGAUGGUUAAUUAUGUUUUUAUUGCACUAAAACGGUAUACGGCGUAUAUUUUCUUCGUUUUGGUUGUUGCAGGAAGAAGAAUACAUAACCAAUUGUGUUUGUAAAAUUCUCUGUCUACAUCCCAAUAUUAUAUUCGUCAGUGGGACUGUUUGUUAUUUAGCACAGAAUUUUAUUUUCAAAGCAGGAAUCGUUUUAUUUUCCAAUGUAAAACAGGUAAGCGUCAAUUUUUAAAUUUUUUAGCAAUCUCAGUCAGAAAAGAGUGCUUAUGAUAAUAAGUUUUCCAAGGCUACAUUUCUCACAAAUGAUAAUUUGUUAAUAAUCAUUUAAACAACUACUUGUUUUCGAUAAUUUCCCCCACUCAGUCUUACAAUUAACGGUAGAAAUGUUUAUUUAAAAUAUAUAGAUCUUUAUGCUGAAGUUCAUGGAAAAAAGAAGAAAACGAACAACUAAUUUUUGUAUUCAUAUAUAUGGACGGAAAAUUUUUCAGGAUAUUGUUUCUGCUAUGUAUACUUUAUAAGUGUUGUCUCACAAACCUUUGAAGCUUUAUUACUUACACUCUGUAUAUGAUGUUCAAUGAUAAUCUCUUUUGAAAUUGUAUUCUAUCUACUAGGUAAAACAACAUUUAAGGUUUGAUAGAUUCAUUAUACCUUUUACUUAGCCAUACUGCAGUGUUUAAGACAGUCACGAUGGGCUUGCCUGAUCUUCCUGUGUAAAUGUCUUCGUAGGUGUAGUUAAAUCUAGGAUAUAUAUUCAUUACUCACAACGUCUGUAUACAGUAGAACGUAAAUAGAAUAUAUAAUCUUGAUGACAAAGAAAAGCUUGGUAAUAUUAUUAUUAUUAUUAUGGUUAUUAGUUUAGGUGUAAAUAGUUUAAUAAUUACAUUCCCUUUCAAAACAUGUGGACUAUUAAAUUUUCUUACUCAUGUCAAACCGCUUCCUAAUGUAACUUUCGUUGUUGCAGCCUUCAAAAAUCUUUACUUACUUACACGUGUUACCUCUCGUGGAGGUGCAUAUGCCGCUCACCAGCAUUCUCCAUCCAACUCUGUCCUGGAAAAUCCCUUCUAUUUGCUGUUCGUUCUUUUGAUGUCUGCUUCCAAUUCUCGGCGCAGUGUUCUUUGACCUUCCUCUUUUCCGUUUCCCUUCAGGAUUCCAAGUUGGAGCUUAUCUUGUGAUGCAGUUUGAUUAUUUCUUCAAUAUGUGUCCUAUCCACUCCCAUCGUCUUUUCCUUAUUUCCUCCUCAACUGGAGGCUUGUUUUGUUUUCUCACAGUAGGCUGUUGCUGAUGGCAUCUUGUGUAGAUAAUUGUCUAUAAAUACUUGUAUUUUUUGAUUAUGUUUGUGGUAGUUCUCGAAGUUCCAGCUCCGUUAGGUAGAACUGUCUUGACGUUCGUAUUGAAGAUUGCGACUUAGGUAUUGGUUGACAGUUGUCUUGAGUUCCAUAUGUUCUUCAACUAUAGGAAUGCCGUCCUUGCUUUGCCAAUCCUUACCUUCACACCUGCAUCAGAUCCUCCCUGUUAAUCAGUGUUGCUCCACAGAUAUCUAAAAGCCUCCACCUGUUUCAGAGCUUCUCCAUCAAGGUGUUCUCCGUGUUGUAUUUGAGGAUCCUGCUUUUCCCCUUGUGUAUGUUGAAGCCUACUGACGCAGAAGCUGCUGCUACACUAGUUGUUUUGAUUUGCAUUUGUUAAUGUAUAUGGGAUAGAAGGCUACUUCAUCUGUGAAGUCUAAAUCGUCUAGACGCAUCCAAGCUGUCCAUUGUAUUGCGUGUGGUCUGUGUGUGCUGCUUCGAUGUCCGGUGGAUUCAAUGGAACUGGCCUAUUCAAGAGUGCUUCAAAGUGCUUCACACAUCUGCUCCCCUGUCCUUGAAUCUCAAUGAUUGUCCUGCCUUUUUUAUCCUUGACCGGUCUCUCUGGUUUGCCGUAUUUCUCUGCCAGUUUCUUCAUUAUGUCAUAUAAUUGUUUGAUAUUUCUUUCUCUUUCAGGUUCUCCAAUGUCCCUGCUAGAUAUUCCACGUGUAUCUGCUUAUUGGCUCUUGUGCUUCUUCUCACUUGCUUGUUUGCUUCUGUGUAUUCAGCUUGUGUCUCGACUCUGUUCUUGUACGGUUGUCGUUAAUUGUUGUCUUCUUAUUCUUGAAUCUUGUCUAGGGUUUCGACAGAAAUACAUUCCUUAUGAUGAUGCUUCUUAUAGCGCAGAAUUUCCUGAAACGUUGAUCCCUUUUCAAUUGCCCUCCAUUGUAGUUUCCUGUUCUUUGAGUAGAUCUUUUAAGGUUUGGGACCUGUUGUUGAGAGCUAUCUUGAAUUGAGUUUGUUAGUAUCUCGUAGGAAGGCUGUAUUGAACCCUCGUACUGCUGUUUCCCCAGCUGUCCAGUAUUUCUUUAGCUUCAAUUUUAUCUUGGCCACAACCAGGUGGUGAUCUGAAUCUAUGUCAGCUGCUCUUCUGGUCCUCACACCUUCCAUUGUCCUCCUGAUUUUUUUAUUGAUACAAAUAUGAUCUAUCUAGUUCUCUAUGUUGUGGUCCGGUGAGAUCCAUGUAGAUUUGUGUAUGCGUUUGUGUGAGAAUAUUGUCCUGCCUAUAAGCAAUUUAGUGAAUGCACAUAUAUAUGCAAAUCUGUCACCAUUCUCGUUCCUUUCUCCUACUCAGUCCAUGUCGUCCCAUGAUAUCUUCAUACUCGAUGUUGACCAUUCCGAUGUUGGUGUUUGGGUCUCCCAGCGGGAUUAUCAGAUCCUUACCUGUGCAUUUCGCUAAGAUCAAUCGCAGCGUCUCGUAGAACUGGUCAUUGCCAUUGCCAUCAUUGGUGGAUGCGUAACACUGGGUAGCAUUCAUUGUGAUCUGCUUCUUCUUUAUUUUGAAGGAUGCUUUGAUAAUCGUGUAUCCAUGAAAUCACCAUCACAGCAAUUUCCUAAGUGUGUGAAGCGUUUUCUUCUUCAUGACCAGCAUCUCUUGCGAAUCUAAUAUUUUUUUCCAGCUUGGAUCAAAUGGGUUUCUCUGAUUCUGAGUACUGCCAAGUUGUAUCUCCUCAUUUCCGUUGCUAUUUGACUAGUCUUUCCGCUCUCCCACAUUGUCCGAACGUUCCGUGUACCUAUGAUAGUUGUUGCUCUGGUUGUUAAAAAAGAAUAGGCCUCGUGAUUUCCGAAGAAUCUCGGCUUUCAUCAUGAGACGUCAUGAUUCUUCUUUCAACUUCCAGGACAGAGUUUAAAUGAUUUAAUCUGUUUAUUCUGGUUAGUGUUUUUAGCAAAGUUUUCUACGGAAUGGGGUUACCAACCCCACAUCCAACACUCCUCUUUUACCUGGGCUUGGGACUGACAGUAGAUUCAGAAGAGCUACAGGCGAGGUUUCAAAAAGUUUUAUUGAGUAACUUCCCGUACAGGUGUUAUGUUGAUAUCAUCGCCCUUUAGUGAAUACCUUCCAAGUAUAUAAUUCUGUACCGAAAUAUUGAACAGUAAAUGAGAUUCUUACAAUAUAAACGGUUUACUUGUUGUAAUUUAAGUGGUUCAUUCAACAAAUAAAUAUAGCUUUCUAUACUGUUGAUCUCUAUUAAAGGAACUCCCCAUUAUUGUUUCUUUUACUUUGACUCACUCAUUUUUUCUCGGGACAGUUAAAAUGGGAAUAAAUCAGUUCGUUGGGUUUACACGUCUAAUCCUUUUUUUAAUAGUCGGUGUUGUACCGUAUUGCACGAAUGACGGGUGCUGAUAUCUUGGAUUCGAUUGAUCGGUUAAUGAGCAAUCCUUCAAGAAAAUCAGAUAAUAAUACUCAAAAGUCAACAACACGUCUUGGUGUUUGUAAUCAUUUUGAAGUUAGACAAUUACAUUUACCAGAUGACUCCACGAAAUUUCUUACUUUCAUCAAAAAUAAUUCUACCGAAACUGGUUUGGCGCUUGAUUCUAAUCCUAUCCGGUAUAUUACUCAUGAAGCGACUGUUAUUCUACGAGAUAAUGAUCUUGCUUCACUUAUCCGUGCAAAACGUUGUUUUCUUUUCACAUUACGCUUGUGCUAUAAUGCACAGUUAGAAUUGGCUUAUUCAAAUAAUGAUCAUAUUUUUCAUCUUCCUCAUUUGUUACUGAAUACGGAUACGUAUUCAAGACCACGUGUACAAUCUCUAAAUAAAAUAUGUUUACAAAACGAUGCCGAAUAUUCAUCGCUUUCUUCUCCAGUGUCGAGAAAAAAAGCGUUAUCCGACCCCAAUGGUUCAGUUAUUUCUAUUUCCUCUACGACCGAACAAACAUCUAUAUCAAACGAUGAAGAUGACAAAAAUCUCUGCUCUGAUUUAGCGAUAUAUCUUCAAGGACGUCUAUUAUCUGUCUCACCAAGUGUUGAAUUUCGCUUACCCUAUUUAGCAUCUAGAGAAGGCCAGUUAUCUUAUUUAUACCCAUAUUAUACUUAUGUAAUUGACUGGCCGUUAGGACGUAGACUGAAUGAUUUGAUGAAACGGAGAGAAAAAAUUUUAAAUAGUGAAUUGACAGCAUUAAAAUAUUACAUGAUGAGUGCUAAAUUAUAUAAUCAUCCAUCAAAACAUAUUUCAAGUAACGAAUCAUCUCAUCCUUUCACAAAGUGUAAUUUGGAAACUUUUUCAUCGCCUACUUUACAUAAUUCAAAAUUAAAUCGUCUUUUACCAUAUUUUCUUAGUGAUAACAGUGACAAUAAUGAUAGUUUUAGAAAAAAUAAUUUUACAAUGGAUGGAUUAAUUAUCUCUGAGACACUAACAUCAUCUGAUGAAGCCUUGUAUACUGAUUAUAAAGCUAGGGGUUUUAUGAACAAUAAUAAUAAACAGAACGUUGAAAGUUCUCGUUCAUUUCCACGUCUUUGGGCUGGUAUGAACAGUAUUUUAUCUGGUCAUUGGAAUUCUUUAUUUAAUACAAGACAUUUGAAAUCAUUUAAAUCAGGUCAUACAAAAACAUCAACUACAACUACUGGUUUUACACCCACUUCUAAUGUGCAGCUUAUCUCGGAAUCUGAAAGUGUAAAACGUCUAAGAAGAAGCAUUCUAGAUCCACGUUCAUAUCAAUCUUUGAGUUUUCUUGCAAUAUUAUUUACAACAAAAUGUAUUAUGCGACCAGAACCAUGUGUUCCACCUUUGAUAGCUACAGUGGAAUUUUACGGUUCAAAUGAUUUGCCGUUAGGAUUAUUUUUGGAGAAAUUUUGUUUCAUGCAACAACAUUGCCGUAAUCCGCUUUGUAAUGUAGUAAUGGCUGAUCAUAUUCAAAGAUUUAUUCAAACUUCAGGAUCAGUACAACUUAUGAUUCGUAAAUUGAUUCAAGAUCCACCUCGAUCAGAAGUCUUUUCAGAUAUACCAAAUCUAGGUAGUAAUGAUGCAAAAUAUCGUCGUCAUUGUCGUAUACAAAUGUGGUUAUUCUGUCCAAUAUGUCGUAUUAAUUCACCUAUUAAACAUAUGUCUGCUGAUACUUGGCAUUUGUCUUUUGUAAAAUUUCUUGAUUUAAUAAUAAAUAGUUCUGAUAAUUGGGCUUAUUGUGGUCUAUUCAAUAAAAACUCGGAUGAUACAGUCAAUGAGGUGAACACAACUGAUGCGUCUAAUGAACCAUCACUUAAUUCAGUAAGACAUGGAAUCGACAGUCAAACUAUGAGUCCAAUAUUACAAUUCCAGUGCCCACAUUCUGUUUAUAAAUCUUUAGAACAUUGCUUUGCUUUUGAUCGGAAAUUAGCUAUUUUUAAAUAUCAACCGGUUAAUGUUUAUGAGAUUGUUAUGCCUCCAAAUGAGAUUCGUGUUUUCCCGGUGAAAGUCAAUAAUUCGAAGUCGGAAAGUACCCGCAUGUUAACUAUGAAAAAACCAACUGCUGCAAGUCACAUGAACACAAAUGAUUUGGAAGAUGGUUACUGCACGGACAGUACAGACCAUACUACCGCUACUGCUACUAAAUCUCAUAGUCAGUCAAAUCAUCACAAAGUUACUAACCUGCAGAAAACAUCUCACUUACCAAGUUAUCUGUACGCUGAAGCUUCCGACGUUUUAACAAAGUAUUACACUAUAAAUACUGUAAUUAAAUGUCAUAUUGCCAAUCAACAAAAUGAGAAAAUAUCUUGCGAACUGUCCGCUAUGCUCGAGGCCUAUCUAAAAGUUCUUGAAUGUGAUUCCACUCGUAUACUAAUGGAUGAAAGAUCAGAAAUUUUGGAUUUCAUUCUACAUCCGAGUGACAGCAGUCAAAAGGAAAGGUUUUCUACUAAACAGUAUGUUGAAGACAUACCAGCGGGUAUAUCACAUAGUCUAGGCCGUCUUGCAAAGCCUGUAGAAGAUGAUUCUGAAUCAAAUACUGUAGAAAAUGAAAAAAUAUCCACACCUGAUAAGCAAACAAUAACUACGGGUGAAAAAAUCUUUUGUACGACUACAAUCCAGUCACGUGUUCGAACUCAUUCAAAUAGCAUUUCAAGUGUUCAUUAUGGCUCCAGUGAAACUGCUGAACAAAGAUGUGAUAUUUCACAAAAUGAAACCAAAUGUCAUAAUUGGUUCAAACUAAUCUCUAGUUUAAACAGUGUUGAACAGGCCUUAAUUGUACAAAGAUUAAUUAAUGAAUUGAAACGUUGGAUGUAUCGAUUUAUUUCGGAUUGGAAUUUCAGAUUUAAUGAAUAUGAAUUAUUAAUGAAACGAAUUGAAAAAAAUAUACGCGACAAACGGAAAAAGCCGACAUUGUCGUAUAUUUCUACAACAGUUGCUAAUUCGUCUCUUCACCCAUCACCGAAUCUUCUUUCUCCUUCAGUUCCUUCUCAAGUAACGGUUACAACUUCCGUAUCACUACCACCACCAAUAACAACACCAUUACCCGUUAGUAGUAUCAUAACUAGUUCAAAGAGUGCAAACAAUCUGCUAGAUUCUACAAAAUCAUUUGAACACAACAAUGAUAUGAUUACAAAUCUGUCUUCUUCCAAUCCACCCAUCGAAGUAUCAACAUCUCAAACUGUUUACUUUAAUUCUAUAGAUCAAAAUACGGACAAAUUUUUAACUGGAAUUGAUUUAAGUAAUAACAUUUCAGUUAAUUCAAAAACACCAUUAAAUAAUGUGUUAACAGUCAGUCAACCAGAACUUCUAGUUCACUCCAUAAAAAAAGACAGUGAAAUGUACAAGUCUAUUGAAAACACCUCAAGACUUGAUUCUUUUAAGUCUGGUUUCAAUUCAUUUCAUGAUAGCAUUAACCAUGAUUCAAGCCAACAUACAGAAGAUAAUUAUGUUUCUGAUUUGUCUAAGAAUUUACCUAUCUUGGAUCCUUUAAAUUUAAAAGCUGUUUACCAACGACGUGGUCCGGAAAUCUUCAAUGCUGAAUCCUCUUCUCAAAAUCAAUCGAACAAAACUGAAUCUUCAACUCAUCCUAUCCAAAACGAAAUCUCAAUUACGAAUAAUUCUUCCUCUUCUGGUGUGCGUCGCUUUAUUCAUAACUUUUUACCAUCAGCUAUGGAUUUAAAAGUAUUUGGCGAACCGGUCCCACCUCACGAACAUCCUCAACUGACCAUAUGUGAUGAAAGUUGCAUUAACAUUUUAAAACGUAUUGAAACUACUCUCAAUAAAUCAAAUGAAAUCAAAAUGAACAGUUGUGAUUAUAGUCGACUGUCUGAGUCUCUCUGUCAGUUAUUGCUUGCACAUCCAGAUGUUUAUGUUAAUGAUCGAGAAUUUACUUCAAUUAUAGCUUUUGCUUUGACUACACGAGAAUACGAAAGAAAGUUAGUGGAUUUACAUUUUACCCUUCAAGGCUCACUGCAGCACAGUUCUGAUGUUCAGCUAGGUCAGGCUGCUCUUUCUAAUUUUAAGGAUAAUGAGUCAGCUGUUACAACCGAGAAUAUAUCUGGUGCAAAAUGUAUUGGUGAAAAAGAAAGACUAAACAUUCUAUAUGAUGACACUUCCCUAUCGAAUCCAAAUGAUGAUGGUUCUUCUAAAAAGUCAGAAACAUCACAAGAAGAAUGUAAUAGAAUACCAUCUUCACCAAAUGUAAGUGCAUUGCGUGAUCAAAAACCGCCUACACAUACUCAUAAUAUAUCUGCCAGUUCUCAUACUACUUCAUUAUCAACAUCUACAACUGACAAAUCCAAUGGGUCUCGAAGUCGUCAUAUUAAAAUACAGUUUUCGGAUAGUUCAACUACUUUCUUCUGUUGUGUGUACUAUGCCUCUGAAUUUUUCCGUUUACGUCAACUUAUAAUGCCUAAUGGAGAUCUGUCGUAAGAGAUAUCAUGUUUAUUUACUGUCGCUUUAUAUUUUAUUAUUAUUAUUACUAUUUUAAUUCUUCAUAUAUUCAAACUGUUCAGUUAAAGGUAUAUAAAUAUAAUUAUCAAAUGUAAAUAAAAUGAAGUACAUAUGUGUUUAGCUUGCAAUUAUUUCAAACAUAUUAAUUCAUAGCGUUUCUUUUUUGUUCAUAUUCUUUAUGUGCACGUUAUCAUCACAUUUGUAGAUGGAUUCCGUAAUAAUCGAGUAAACACUGGGCUGUCAUAGGCCGACAAAUAAUUUAUCCUUUUAUUUAAUCUUGUUAAAUAAUAACAUUGUUUGAGCUUUAGUUAAACAAGUAGUGGAAAAGAAAACAGCUAAUUAUUAAUCAUUACAGUUAUUAGUUUUUAAUGAAAGUAGCAUCUUGUUUUGUGAUAUCGAGUCAGUUACACAAGUGCCCAGUUUCCAGUUUGAUUGAUAAAAUCUGAUCAACACUAAAGUAAUAGAUGCAUGACACUGGUCAUUACUCAGUGGGUGGUCAGCCGUAAAUAUCUCAAUCCAACAGUGGAUAAGACUCUGUCUAAAUAGCUCAGUAAUAGUAUCUUAGACUGUGAAAACGACUGAUGCAGUUUCAAGUCCCAGGCUGAAUAUCAUUCCCGUUAAGAUUACACGUACGUUUUGCUGACAAGUGGCACUUGGUGUGAAACCUAGAUCUGUGGUUCCCCGCGGACUACUUCCUAAAAUCUAACGAAUGUUGUCCUAGAUGCUUUAGAAAAUGUUUUUACUCGUGUUUUAUAUCCAUUUUGGGUCGUUUUCGAUUGCUAUUUAUACGUUUAAUACAGAAAAAUAUCCUGUUAAUGAUGUAUUUUUAUUAUCUCGAAUGAAUCCGUUGUCAUACUCUGAUUAAUUUCUUUAUUUCAUACAACUGACGAUACAAAACAAGUAAAAAUUAAUUAUUUUGAAAAGUAAUGAAAAUCAUGAGUACCUCUGUUGUGAUUCGAACCAAAACCGUUAGACAAAUCUGAAAAACAUUUUUUUAAUUAAUAUGACCUAAUAUUCACUUCGUUUUACAGCGCUUAUCCAAAGAUGACAUCUGAAUAUAUCGCUUUUUUGACUAAGCGAAUAGAUUAUAUCGAACGUCUUUUCUCAAGUUCGGGAAUAAUUAAUCUCGCAUUUUACGUUGCAUUACUGAAAAUUAACUCGUCAGAGAAAUAUAUAUUUUAUAUAAACAGUACAUUCAAAUAAUGGAUUCCUUUCAGUCAACUGCUAGUUAUCAUGUCUUCCAUCCGAAGUCCUAUUUAUAUUACAAUCGUAUAUCUUUGGACUUUUUUAUGGUGAUUGCUAAAUAAAUUGAUAAUGAAACUUCUUUCUUUUUUUAAUAGUUUCAUACAUUCUUUAUCACGAUGCUAUCAAUGGGAUGCACGUGGUGGUAAAUCAGGUUCCUUAUUCAUGAAAACUCGAGAUGAACGAUUUGUAAUUAAAGAACUAUCUUCAAUUGAAAUGAAAACAUUUCAUGAAAUCUCUCAGGAUUAUUUCGAUUAUGUGAUUACUGCAGCACUUGAACAAAAUGAUGCAACCGGUGAUCGAUAUUCUAUUACCAUUAGAUUGGAUAGUCGAUCGAUAUGUUAUACACAGACGGAAUUACCUUAAACUAGAUUCACGAUUCCCGACCAAAAAUAUCAAACCAGAGCAUGGGUUAGACAAUACUGUAUUCAACACAAUUACUAGUAGUCUGCGCUCAGUGAGUCCAAAGUAAAAAUCAAUAAUAAUAGUAAUAAUAAUAAUAAUAAUAAUAAUAAUAAUAAUAAUAA